CAAACUGAACAUUCCGCUAUUGUUAAGUACCAUUUGUGCAAAUUAACCUUGAUUAUUUCAUUUUUUUUUUGUUACAUUUUCUUUUCCAUCGCACUUUCCCCCUCCAGGCUCAAGCUCUCCUUUCAGUUACCCGCACUUUCAGGCCUUCAGCUUUGCCAGAAACUCGAAGGCAGAGGAUUAAGAAUAGACCCAAAAUUACUCCUGUUUGAGAUCCCAUUUUCAGUGUUUGUCAAUACUCUUUUCAAGGUGCAGAGAUACGUAGGUGGCUAGUAUCAUGUCAUGGUCAAGACUUUCCAGUAAAAUCACUCUCUUGAACUAUACAAAGAAUCUACAAUUUUUGUCUCAUCAAUCAAGGUUUCUUCCUAAUGCUUUAUAUCCGAGUUACAAGUUCUUUAAAGCUUCUACUGGGUGUGGCAACAAUACUUGGGGUUUGAUGCGAAGAUGUGAAUUUAGCACAAGACCUCCAACAAAGUCUUUUGAUUUCCACCCUUAUGGCUCUCGGUGUUUUUGGAGGUUAUCUCCCUUUAGCAUUCAGCGCCACUAUUCCUCACAUGCUUCCAAUGCUUCCAAAGAGCAAAACAGAAAGACUCUUUUGUAUCUUACGGUAUUAGUUUUUGCUAUGGUGGGAAGCAGUUAUGCUGCUGUUCCUUUGUAUCGAAGAUUCUGCCAGGUUACUGGGUUUGGUGGUACUAUCCAACGUCGUGAGAGUGUUGAAGAAAAGAUUGUGCGGCAUGAAAAAGAUGGAACAGUAGCAACAAGGGAGAUAGUAGUCCAAUUCAAUGCUGAUGUGGCGGAUGGAAUGCCCUGGAAAUUUGUUCCAACUCAAAGAGAGGUGAGAGUCAAGCCUGGAGAAAGUGCCCUUGCAUUUUAUACUGCUGAAAACCGAAGCUCAACACCCAUAACAGGUGUCUCUACGUAUAACGUCACCCCUAUGAAGGCUGCAGUUUACUUCAAUAAAAUACAGUGUUUUUGCUUUGAGGAGCAGCGUCUUCUUCCUGGAGAGCAGAUUGACAUGCCUGUUUUCUUCUACAUAGAUCCUGAGUUUGAAACAGAUCCCCGAAUGGAUGGUAUCAACAACCUGAUCUUAUCCUAUACAUUUUUCAAGGUUUCUGAAGAAUAAAAGGGGAAUUAUUUUAGAACAUGAUUCACAUGAGAAUAAACCUGUUAAGUCCAAGGAACCAAAUGAUUUUGUGAAAAGACUAAACAUAGGAUCCCAUUUUCGUAUACAAGGAGAAACAGGAGCCCAUUUUUUGUAUACUGGAAGAACGAUGAGUAGAAACAUUAUUUUGUAGCAUUUUUUGGGUAGUACCUUCUCCUUUCCAACCCUUUUUGGUGGAAUCAAAGCUGUUCUCUUAAAUCUUCUUGUAGUUCUACUGUGGAUUAAUUGCAAAUGUCACUGUUUUUCACUUUCAUUUUUUUUUUCCUACCAUGGAGUUCCCAUGAAAUAGAUUUUUGGAUAAGAGAUUAAGAGGGAAGGGGGAAGUUUGACUUAGAGAUUGAGGAAGCUGCCAGAAAGGAUGAGAAAUAAUGAAGGGACGGGGGGAAUUUCAUGUUGCCAUGCAGCCAUCCCGUAGGAAGAUAAAUUUCUUCUUUAAUGACAUUGUUGUAUUCGUUGUAGCCAUGGCUUGGUUUUGAACGUGGUUGAAUGUUACUGGAGGCUUGGCAUUUUCGUAUGCAAAAUGGUUGAAGUGCAUCUAUAAUUUUGCCAUUUAUGUUAUUUUAUGGGAUCUGUGUAGUUUGAAGAUUUUUUGUUGCUCAAAUCGUGAUCUUAAAACAGACCAUUAAUCUUCAUAUCUUGAUUUUAAAUUGUAUGGGAAGAUAAUAAACCUUGUUGAAUUUGUUAGUGCAUGCC